AUGUGCUCCAACAACUGCUGCCGUUUCGAAGAUCAUUUAUCUAAUACUCCUGCUGCUCCUACCGCCCACGAUCAUGGUGAUGGCCAUAUGCAUUCUCACGGCGGUCACGACUUGCGUGAACAUGGUCACACCCACGAACAGUUGGAUCAUCCCGGUCUUUAUGAAGAACGUGAAAAGGCGGCCUAUGUCAACCGUGAUUGGUCCGAGCGUGCCUUUACCGUAGGCAUUGGAGGUCCUGUAGGUUCCGGCAAGACGGCUUUGAUGUUGGCUUUGUGUCAACGUCUUCGUGACAAAUACUCGGUGGCAGCCGUGACCAACGAUAUCUUUACCAAGGAAGAUACCGAAUUCUUGGUCCGUAACAAGGCCUUGCCCGAAGAACGUAUCGCGGCCAUUGAAACCGGUGGUUGCCCUCACGCUGCUAUUCGUGAGGAUGUGUCUGCCAAUUUAAACGCAUUGGAAAUCUUGCACGGCAAAUUCAAUACACAGUUGUUGUUGAUUGAAUCCGGAGGUGAUAAUCUGGCCGCCAAUUACAGCCGCGAGUUGGCCGAUUUCAUUAUUUACGUCAUCGAUGUGGCCGGUGGUGAUAAAGUGCCCCGAAAAGGAGGUCCCGGUAUCACUCAGAGCGAUUUGUUGAUCAUCAACAAGACAGAUCUUGCUCAUAUUGUGGGUGCCGAUUUGGAUGUCAUGGAUCGUGACGCCAGAAAGAUGAGAGGAAACGGUCCUACUGUAUUUGCUCAGGUGAAGAACGGUGUGGGCAUGGAUGAAAUCAUUAACCUUAUUUUGGGUGAAUGGCGUGCCAGUGGGGCUGCCAGUGAAUCGGCUUAA